AUGCCGGGGCGCGCUGGCAAACGCGGGGUUUUACUUUCCGUGGUUUUAUGGGCGGACGGGCGGAGCGUGACUGAUCCACGGACGGUGCCGGUGCUGCGGGGGCAGGUGCAGCCGCUGUCAGAGGCGCGGGAACGGAGGAACGCGACCGCUUUUGGUGUGUUACUAGACAUCCAGCAGCACUUUGGAGUCAAAGACAGUGGGGCUGGCUUGUUACAAACAGUUUUCAUCUGUAGUUUCAUGGUUGCGGCACCUAUCUUUGGUUACCUCGGUGACCGUUUCAACAGAAAGAUCAUUCUCAGCUGUGGGAUCUUCUUUUGGUCAGCUGUCACAUUUUCAAGCUCCUUCAUCACUGAACAGUAUUUCUGGCUGCUGGUGCUCUCACGAGGUUUGGUUGGCAUCGGUGAAGCAAGUUACUCCACUAUUGCACCAACCAUCAUAGGAGACCUUUUCACCAAAAACACGAGGACCCUUAUGCUGUCUGUUUUCUACUUUGCAAUUCCUCUUGGCAGUGGCUUGGGAUACAUCACCGGGUCAAGUGUGAAGCAAGUCGCUGGAGACUGGCACUGGGCGUUGCGGGUAUCUCCACUCCUGGGAAUGAUAACAGGGACACUCAUCUUGAUAUUUGUACCUGCUGCUAAAAGAGGAAAUGUUGAACAACUUGGGGGACAGCUGAAGGCUCGGACCUCAUGGCUAAGAGACAUGAAAGCACUGAUUAGAAACCGCAGCUAUGUGUUCUCAUCGUUGGCCACCUCAGCUGUCUCCUUUGCCACAGGGGCGCUUGGCAUGUGGAUCCCUCUCUACCUUCACAGAGCACAGGUUGUGCAGAAGACAGCAGAGACCUGUAGCUCGCAGCCCUGUGGCACCAAAGAUAGCUUGAUCUUCGGAGCAAUCACAUGCUUCACUGGUUUCCUGGGUGUAAUCACAGGAGCCGGGGCAACCAAAUGGUGCCGGUUAAAAACCCAGCGAGCUGAUCCUCUUGUCUGUGCUGUUGGCAUGCUAGGAUCAGCCAUCUUCAUCUGUCUGAUCUUCGUUGCUGCCAAGAGCAGCAUCGUGGGAGCCUACAUUUGCAUUUUUAUCGGAGAAACUCUUCUGUUUUCAAACUGGGCUAUCACAGCAGACAUACUAAUGUAUGUGGUCAUUCCAACACGCCGUGCAACCGCAGUGGCCUUGCAGAGUUUCACUUCACACCUCCUGGGAGAUGCUGGCAGUCCUUAUCUGAUUGGAUUUAUCUCAGACCUGAUACGACAAAGCACAAAGGAGUCCCCAGUUUGGGAGUUCCUCAGCUUGGGGUAUGCACUCAUGCUCUGCCCAUUUGUCGUUGUCCUAGGAGGGAUGUUUUUCCUGGCCACAGCCCUCUUCUUCCUAAGUGACCGAGCCAAAGCUGAACAACAUAAAGAAACCGAUUCGGACCACCUCACGGUUGGCAACUACAGUAAUUCAGAAGACGCUUCCACAUGA